AAGAAUCUUGAGCCCUUAAGAAACUCCGUGUGAGUUCAUGUAGGUACGUGACUACCAUCAAAACGUUUCCUUCACGAUUCAUUGACACUGCACUCUCUUGAGGGCCGCCAUGGAUGACAUCACGCGGGCUUUGAGCGCCAGCUUCUCCGUCUCCCAGGAGCCGAACAGCACGGCGGCUCCGCACCCCCGCCUGGCCCAGUACAAGAGCAAGUACAGCGUGCUGGAGCAGAGCGAGAGACGCCGCCGCUUCCUGGACCUGCAGAAGACGAAAAGGCUGAAUUAUGUCAACCACGCACGGCGAUUGGCGGAGGGGGACUGGACCAGUGCUGAUAGCGAGGAGGAGGAGGCAGAGGUUGACAAGAAGGAGGCGGAGAAGGAGGAGGAAGAUGAAGGGAUGGAGAUCGAACAGAGGAAGAGGUUACCAAGACACUAUGCCAACCAGCUCAUGCUUUCAGAGUGGUUGGUUGAGGUGCCCCCUGACCUGGGCACCGAUUGGCUGAUGGUGGUCUGUCCCGUCGGAAAGCGCUCUCUGGUCAUCGCCUCCAAGGGGUCCACAGCAGUGUACACAAAAAGCGGGUACUGCGUGGACAGAUUCUCCUCUCUCUUACCAGGAGGAAACAAGCACAACUCCGCAAUGGGAAAAGACUACACUAUCCUGGACUGCAUCUACAGUGAAGUGGACCGAACAUUCUACAUCUUAGACGUCAUGUGUUGGAGGGGCCAUCCAGUGUAUGACUGUCCGACGGAAUUUCGGUUCUACUGGUUGCAGUCUAAGGUCCAGGAGGAGGAAGGGUUGUCGAAAAUUGUCAAGCGUUAUCCAUACCGAUUCCAGAGUCUGCAAAGUGUGGGCUGCACCACAGAGUCCAUCCAGCAGACCCUGGCACAGGAGUACACCUUCACAGUGGACGGCCUUCUGUUUUACCACGGGCAGACCCACUACACCCCCGGCAGCACCCCACUGGUGGGCUGGCUGAGGCCCUACAUGGUGUCGGACAUCCUGGGCAUCCAGGUGCCGCAGUGCUCCCUCACCGCCAAGCCUGCCUACGCCGGCCACCAGAUGCAGCAGAUCCUGGAGCACAAGAAGAGCUCCACAGGGGUGCGUCCAGCCGACCAGAGCGGCCGCUACGAGCUGGAGCACCUGUCCACCCCCGAGUGUCCCGCAGAGGACACGCCCCAGCCCAUGUGACAGCCCCCUCGCUCUCCCCUCCCCCGGUUUACGCAGGAAGCUUGGGUUUGAGGGUAGAGAUGGCUAGGUGUGAUUUGGCUGCUGGACUUAUUAGCCGAAGCUCUGCAGCUAAUCCCUGAGUAAUGAACUGCCAAGGGGACAGGAAUGCUGGAAGGCGCUAGGAGUCCUGCUACCAGAAGCUCUUUUGAGGUUCAGCUCUGUAAUGCAGUUUAAAUCAUGUGCUUUGUUUAUUGUGCACCGUGUAACCGGGAAUGUGAACAGCACUUAAGGCGUGCAAAAGUUAAAGGGUCUUACAAGAAGCAAGUUAGUGUAGCCUCCAGUGGAUGGCUUCCAAUUUGUACACACAGUUGCUUGUUGUAAGAUCUGGCCUGGCUCAAACCACUGUGCUUUGGGGAUGCUGUUUCUGUUCCUGUGUGAUCUAUACAUUCACAGUGUGAACUAAUGAUAGACUGCACACGUCUGCAGAAUGAAAUUGUGUGCGUGCCAUAUUUUAAACGUGUUAUUUUAUAACCAUAUUUUACACACAACCCUGACCAUAAUCAACGAUCGGUUAUUUUAAGUGUUUGUUUGGUUGUAUCUUGAAUAAAUACUGUUUUUGUAGUUGU